AUGGAGCGAUACGUGGACAGUGUUGUCGCCCCGUACAUGGCCGCCCAGCGAGAACGACUUGGCCUGGACGAGGACCACCCCGGCCUGGCCAUCUUUGACGUCUAUAAAGCACAUCGCACUCCCGGACUGCUAGCAAAGCUGAGAGAGGCCAACAUUCGCCCCGUGUUCGUCCCGGCCAGCUGUACCGGCGAGUUGCAACCCCUCGACUCGGACGGGUGCAUCAAUAACGCGCUGAAGAAGGACCUGACCCAGUCUUUCACCAACUUUUACGCUGAGAAAGUGGCAAAGGCACUGGAGAACGGCACAGACAUCGAGAACAUCAAGGUUUACCUGCGCCUGUCCGCCAUCAAACCGCUGCACGCUAACUGGCUGUUGGGAGCCAUGGGCAGGCUUGCCGCCAAGACAGACGUCAUCGGCCGAGGCUGGGAGCGCAGAGGGAUCCGGGACGCCAUCCAGAAGGUUCGAUAG